AUGGCGGGUAAUCAGUUUAGAAUUGUUGUGGGAUCAUAUGAACACAAUCUACUCUGUCUGUCGCUUAACUUGGAGCUGGAGACACCGUUGUUCACCCCAAUUUUUCACUUUCAGGCUCAUGCGCUAAGUGUCAAGACGUUGGACAUCUCGAGGAGGUAUCUUGUUUCUGGGUCCAACGAUGAGCACAUCAGAAUCUACGAUCUUCAGAAACGGAAGGAGCUGGGUACGUUGCUGAACCAUAAUGGGUCGAUCACAAGCUUGAGGUUCUCCAGGGCUACUACAGACAAGGACGGUAAGCAGCAAGGCAACAAGUGGCUCCUAUCUGCAUCUGAGGACCACACAAUAAUCAUCUGGAGAGUGAAGGAUUGGGAAAACUUUGGCAAGCUCAAGGGUCAUAACGCGAGAAUCAACGACCUGGACAUUCAUCCGUCGAACAGGGUGGCUGUGAGCGUCAGCGAGGACCACAGCAUCCGCCUCUGGAAUCUGAUGACUGCCAAGAAGGCGGCUGUCUUGAAGCUGAAGAAGUACAAUCAAAACGGGAAGUACGUGAGAUGGUGCGGGAAGGAUGCUGGCUUUUUUGCGGUCGGGUUGGUGACGAAGGUGUUGAUAUACAACGCCGCAACUGCCAAGGUACACCAUGAGAUCAGCACGGGAAACAAGACGAUCAUGCAUAUGGAGGUUGAGCAUAUCGAUGAAAAGGAGUACAUCUGUGUUGGACUCAGCACUGGUAGCAUUCAGUUCUACGAUGCCGAGAAGCUAUACGAGGAGAGCGAAGAUCAGAAGGCGGCGGAGCCUGCAUUUUCCCUGCAGGGCCAUACCAAUCGUGUGAAGGACUUUAGAUUCUACAAAAACAGUAUGGGGCACUACCUUGUGAGCGCUGGAUCUGACGGAAAGAUUGUUGUAUGGGACAUUGUGAAGCAGGAGCAGCUUGCUGUGUACGACUGCGGCGAAAGGCUCAACUGCCUGGCAGUGUGCGACGAGAGCGUGGAGAAAUAUGACACCGUCCUGAAGAGAACCGCUGCUACAGCGGACAUCGAGGACCAGAGCGAGGUGGAGGAGGACGCAGAAGAACUGAAGCAGAUAAUGCUCGGGAAGCAGAAGCAGAAGCAGAAGAAGAAGAAGGCCAAGAAGGCCAAGAAGACGUCCCGGGUCUCGGUAGAACUAGAGUAG